GCGGGGGACAUGUGGGGGGCGGCAGACAGCUACAGCCGAGCCAUCAAACUCCUCAUCACCCUAAAACUACACACCCGGGGAGAAGGGGAGGAGAUGACUCUGAUAGAGGAGGAGGAGGAGGAUGAGGAGACGGAGAAGAAAGAUAGCCUAGAGGCCCCUACAGAUCGUCAGUACCGUUCCACCAAGGCCUCUCUCUACUCCAACCUAUCCCUAUGUCAGCUGAAACUGGGCCAGUGGUCCCGGGCCAGAGGGUGUGCCUCCAGAUCCACGCUGCUGGAGCCCCAAGGGCUGAAGGCCUGGUACCGCCUUGGGCAGGCCAACCUGGAGGCAGGGGAGCUGGAGGAGGCCGACAGGGCCUUCAGGAAACUACAGGAGCUCCAGCCUGACUCUCCCUCCGCCCUGAGAGGACUGAGAGAGGUGGGGAGGAGGGAGCGAGAGACGAAUAGCAGACUGGGACAGAGACUCGGCAAGAUGUUCAGCUGAAGAGGGAGAGUGAGAGAGGACUGAUAGCCAACUGGGACAGGGACUGAGUCAAAUGUUCAGGCAAAAAGGAAAGGAUGACAAUUAGCAGACUAUUUUUUCAUCCACAAAUAGUCUUAGGCUGCGUUUAUAUAAGUAGCCCAAUUCUGAUAUUUUUUGCCAAUAUUGGUCUUUGACCAAUCACAAGUAAAAUAAAUAUCAGAAUUGGGAUGUCUGUGUAAAUAUGGGCACUGGAUUAUGGGAUUUAAGUGUCAGUCAUUUAAAAAAAAAAUUUAUUGAACUGUUAAGACACUGGAGCUGUUCUAGAAAAUACAUUUAAGAAGUGGUAUAGAAAUUAGCUGGAAUUAUGGGUAGGACGGCUUUUCACAAACUCUGUCCUGGCGACGACAAGAGCCACACAUUGAGGUUUUUGCCCUAGCACUACUAAUUCAAAUAAUCAAAGUUUGACGAUGAGUUAGUUAUUUGAAUCAGCUGUGUAGUGUCAGGGCACCCCAGUUAGAAACGCUGGGCAGGAUUAGGGUUGUAAAGGGAGGGUACAACACAAAUGAGUGGCUACUCUGACAAAUCAGUCUGGUCUUGACAUCAAACAAACAAUAGCCCAGGCCAAUGAUACGGGAAAAAGAUUGUACAUCUUAGGAGGAGAUAUCUAUGUGUAUCUACCUACACACACACGUACAGUUGAAGUCAGAAGUUUAUAUACACCUUAGCCAAAUACAUUUAAACUCAGUUUUUCACGAUUCCUGACAUUUAAUCCAAGUAAACAGUACCUGUCUUUA